GACAUUGCGUUCCCGUGAUAAUAACAGCACGUGGCCGGAAGUGACCUUCCGCUUAUGCGUCACACUAUCAUGGCGGCCCUCUCUGGGCUCUAUCUGUUAUAUUCAUGUUAAAUGAAUUACUGUUUCUGUGUUUCAGGGAACAAUUACCUUUACAAGUUCUUCAAAGUAGUUUGAAGUACAAUCUGGCAAAAUAACAAAGUCAGAAACAACAAAAUGGCCUCGUCAUUUGUGUUCGGGGACACAUUUCGUGAGGGGGUGAUGAAUCUGCUGGAGAGGGGCUCCAUGCCGGGAGACCUGCAGGAUGAGAUCGAGUCCCUCCUGAAACAGGAGCAGCCUUUCGUCCUGCCUUUCAGCACAGCGAGGAAGUUACACAGAUACCUGAAAGAUAACGGAUUUCCGGUCUACCUCCAUGAGUUGUUGGAGGACAGUUCAGUGCAUCUACCUCACUAUGAACCUCCCCCCAGAAAUCCCCAGCUGGUGGCUCGAUUGGAGCAGAUUAAAGCAAAACUGGCUAAUGAAGAAUACAUGCGGAUAACCAGGAAUGUCGACCCUCAGGAAAUGAAUCGGCCCGGAACACUGGCUGACAUCGGCAGACAAGUGCGUUCAGUCAAAGCUGCUGUCAUCACUGUGUUCAACUUCCUGGUGACUGUGGCGGCUGCGUUUGCCUGUGCUUACCUGGGCAGUCAGUACAUCUUCACAGAGACCACUGCGAGGGUUCUCUCCGCUGUGAUUGCGGCCUCGGUGGUGGGCCUGGCCGAGCUCUACGUUUUGGUCCGGACGAUGGAAGGAGAGCUAGGAGAGCUGUAGUGGGACACAGCCGGUGCUGACGGAGUUCUCUAGUGGAACUGAGGGACUCGGUCCGCAGGGGAACCCAGUCGGCUCCUAUGCGGAACGUUAAUAUUCCUCAGCUUUCGUCCAGCUACUGCGCUCACUCUCACACUGACUGCAUGUUCCUGUCUCACAUUUUUCCUGUGAUACGAAACACCUUACAUGCGCCUUGCAGAGUCUGCCGUCCCAUUGGUCUUUUAUGAAAUGUUUUUGCUGUCUUCAGUAAAUAUUUCGUUCUGUUGUCAGGUUAAUCCUUAAUUGGUGUGUCAGUGCUCACGUCUCCCACCACACACAGGAAGCGAAUUGAGCCGAACAGCCGUACUCUGUUUGGCCAUUGAUGCGUGAUGGAGAGUCUUGGCAGAACCUCUGGUCCCUCUACUGGACAAAUAAAAAUAUGCAGGUUUUAAAAGGUUAAGGCUGGGCUGGCUGCAUCACAGCAUGUAAGGGAGCAGGAGUUUGUGAAGAUUCACUUUGUGAUCCUUUAUUUCUAUGCAAAAUUUCAUGUAUUUAUAAGUACAACACUUCUGUGGUUACUUUUGACUUGGAAAAUAAAUUUAAUCAGAUAAAAA